GCUGCGCAUGCGCCUAUUCAUCUCUCUCUCCUCUACCCUCUCUCCGCUGACGUUGCGCGUCUUGUCUGCGCCGUUACGCCUUUAAAAUGUCUGAAGAAACGUCGACGCGGCCCUCUAGGAAGGGCAAGGAGCGUGAACUGCGAGAAGGCUGUCCGACUGAUCUCGCACAGCGCAUUUUUGCUUUGCAGAGGACGAAAGCAGCUGCGACCAAGCCAAGAGAACGAGCUGAACGUCCCUCGCCACCUACUGUCAUCCACGAAUCCACUGCCUCCCAGUCUACGGGCCGAAUGGCUGUGGAAAAGCGCUCCGCUGAGAGACCUUCAUGUACCACUCUACGCGGCCAUCCCGCGCAAUCCUCGCCUCCUCGAAAGUCAUUUCAAUCUUCCCCCCCUCGAGUCGUCGUGUCUAAUCCCUCCCUCGACCGGGAGGACCUCGAUUUUUCUCGCCGACUGAAGAUAAGUCACUCGCCACGCCCAUCUCCCCAUCAUCAGGAUCCCUCGCACACGGGGCCAUCCAAGAAACUCUUCAAUCCCCAUAUCGACCCUAUCCCUAUGCGCCGCACUGCCGAGCCUGAAUCGAUCUCCGACUCUCAAUCCAAUAGCAGCUCGCACAACGUUCAAGUAUCCCGAUCAUCUCCCCACUCUCGCGAGCCUCACGUACAUCGCCAACUGUUUGAUCACCGUAAGGACGACCCUGUGCGGUUCUCCGUGCUCGUGCGGCCUUCUGUCGGUCCAGAUGGACGUGCGCCUCCCACUCCUAAAUCGUCCGGCGAUUACGUAUCGGCAUCUUCUACCUCUUCAUAUGCCCACUCGUUAGCGUCUUCGAGCUUCACACUGUCAUCUAGCACUACAGACGGAUCGUCGACCGGCUCGGCGCUCUUCGAUCAAGGCAAGCCUUCACAAGAAUCAAGUGGCAGCAACAACACUGCAUUUUCUCAGCAACUCAAGAAACUAUAUCGUGCCAUUGCAGCCCUGGAAGACCGUAUCCUUCAUGAGGACGAUGGCCUCAACGCGGAUGACGGGCUUGCGCGAGAUGCGCCGGCUAGGGGUAGCGGUGUCGUGCUGAAGGCUAGGAAUGGCAAGGAGCCUAAGGAGAAGGAUGAGGAGGCCGAGCAGGAGAAGUGGAGGAAGGUGGUUCAGGAUCACAAGCUGUUGGCCGAAAUGAUGCAUAAUCUUCUCGAGAUUUCCCUCGCGCCCAGUGUGCCGUCUUCACUGCGGAAUAUCCCGGAGAAGUACAAGAUCAUCAUCCGGCUCUGGACCCAUGGCUUCCACAAGCUCCUCGAGAGUCUGCGCCGCUCGUCGUGGCAUUCCCUCGUCGCAUUCGAACACCUGCAAGACUUCAUUUAUUAUGCCUACACGUUCUACACCGGCUUACUGGAGGAGAGGACGUUGGACGCUCAUCGCUUAAGCUGGCUAGAAGCACUCGGUGACCUUGCACGUUAUCGCAUGGUCGUCACGGAUAUGGCGAUGAAGGUGCCCUAUGCGAAGGGUCUUCCCCAACCUCUCACCGUGAAUGCCGUAUCUCAAGCCUCUCUCGAGGCACCUGUUCCUCCGCCUGCCUCCAAAUCGAAAGCAUCCAUCAGUGACAAGCCUGCCGCUCGCAUCGACGACUCCGAGAGCCCCAGUAUCGGACUGGCGGCCGCUCGAGCGAUGGACGUCGAGCCGGAGAAGGAGCGGUGGCGAGGUAUUGCGCGGGAGUGGUACGCCACCGCGCUCGCUGAGAAGCCGGUCGAGGGGAAGCUCCAUCAUCACAUGGGGCUUCUAUGCCGCGAAGUCGAGGGCGAAGAGCUCAGAGCGGUGUACCAUUUUGUGAAGGGGAUGACUACAUUACAUCCAUUCCAAACGUCCCGCGAGUCCAUCCUCCCGCUCUGGUCAGUCGACGCUCAGGCUCGACGUGCGUUGCCCGAUGCGCGUGUGCCCGACCUGUUCGUUCUUUUACAAGGCAUGCUAUUCACGAAUAUCCAGCUCGACGAUUUCGGCAAGUCGCUCGAUCGUUUCCUUGAGCGGCUGGAGUUGGAUGGCGCCGAAGAAAGGGAGUGGAUCAUGAUGGCGGUUGUCAACAUUGGUGGUAUCCUCGAAUAUGGCCGUCCCGGCGGUGUCCUGCGGAAGACCGGCGUCUUGGGUCUCGGGAUCGGUGCCAGUGCCGCGGCGACUUCUUCGGCAGCAGCGAAAGUGAAGCUCGCCAAGAAGGAAGAUGACGGCGAUAGCAAGAAGAUGGACGUCGACGAAGACGGAGAAGACGCAGACGGUGAUAAGGAGAUGAAGUCCUCGACCGUGGGGGCUUCACCGGCUCUGUCGGAGGCAGCAUCAACUGAAUCACCGGAAUUACCGCUCGCCUUCAGGCUCUCGCUGCAACUGACAUUCUCGAUGCUCUCGCACGCACUCAGGAAGCCCACGCGCAAGACAUCUGUCUUACAGAAGCCUGCCCUGAACCCGUACAUCACAAUCAUUUUGACUUUCUUGGCUACUCUCCUGAGGCAUGAAACUAUCCGAAAUCUUCUGGAGCGGGCUCUGCCAUGGGAAGAUCUGGCGACGUUCUACUCCCGGUCUGUGCCAACCAACAUGACGCACGAGGAGAGUUCGCGCUGGGCUAUGCUGACUAGCAGCUGUCGCCCCUUGCCGGAGGACUGGUGCAUCCGCGGCAUGGAGUGGGUUGGACGGAAAGUCUUCGAACGUGGAUUUUGGUUGAAGAUUCCUGAGAGUGACGCGAAGCACGUCGAGCUCGAAGUACUCGAGAGACGCGACGCACAAGAUGCCGACAUCGACGGGAUUAUUGAAGAGGAGGACGAUGACGACAAUGGGAACAAGAAGCCUGGCUCCGAGUCGUCGCAGCGAUGGGUAAGGGCUGUCAGAGCAGGCCUUGCUAUUGCACAAUCUGUUGACGGGUUCGGCCGUGCUGAGUCUUCGCGGGAGUGGAUCAUAGGAGGCUCGUUAUCCGUCAAGGUUCAGCACUGGAAGGAGGAAGAGAGGCUGCAGCGCGAAGAGCAGGAGCGGCGGCGACAGGGUACUCGGUGGGGCGACGACGAUUUGAUGGACGUCGACGACGACCAAAUCUCUGGCGACGACGAAGAAAGUGACGAGGAAGACGAGGAAGAUUCUGACGAAGUCAAGGCCCUCAAGGCUCGUCGGAGGUAUCUCCGAAGUCUCCUGUCUUCUGCCCAGCGCACUCCGCCCCGGCGUUCUGCCCCUGCUCGCGCGCCUCGGAAGCCGAAGGCUGCUGUGGAUGCCCGCCCCUCGCUCAAGCUGGUCCCUGGCUACUCGGUUCUUGUUGUUGACACCAACAUUCUUCUGUCUUCCCUCUCCGUCUUCCAGUCUCUUGUGGAAAGCAUGCAAUGGACAAUUGUGGUGCCCUUACCGGUCAUCAUGGAGCUCGAUGGCUUAUCCGGUGCCUCCGACGCCCCGGAAUUGAGUGGUGCUGCCUCUAGUGCUCUAUCUUACAUCAUUUCCCACUUGCGCUCGCACUCGACAUCCCUGAAGAUUCUGACAUCAAAGGGUAACUAUAUGACGACUUUGAGCGUUCGCUCGGAGCAGGUCGACUUUGACCGUCAAGGCUCAUGGGAGAGGAACAUGGAUGACCUCAUCCUUCGUGCCGCGAUCUGGCAAGACGAACAUUGGGUUGAUCGCUCUGCCUUCCUCAAGGCGGCGGAUGUACCGGAGGAAGUCAAGCACGACGCCGUCAAGGUGGUCUUGCUCAGUCUCGACCGUAAUCUACGAUUGAAAGCCCGAGCCAAGCAGUUACACGCUGCGCAUGAGCGGGAUCUUGCGGCUAUCUUCGCGACGGCUACCACGUAACGCUGGAUGCGAGCGUGUUGGGAUGUAUUGAAUCUGCUCUCGUCCUCGAUCCUACCUCGUUACUUCAAGCCGCGUGCCUACGAAACGAUCUUCUUCGCUCGCACGACAACUCCGCGUCCUCCGCAUCGAUGGCAUUCUGCCGUCAGCGGUUGCGGAUGCAAAUGAAGGUCGGCACUCGGAAUCUCGCGUCCGAAUCCAUCCAUGCACGGUCAGCGCUGCGUCCUGUCCAGGGCCACGAGCUUCCUCAAGUAUGUAUUGAUGUGCAGUGUUCUUUCGCUCAUUUUCCUCGCCGUAUGUCGUUCCUUCACUUCCCCGGCUGAUACCUCUUCAUUGUCGGAUACCUCAUUCUCUUGGUUUGUAUUCCUUCAUAUAUUUAUUCACUCAGCAAUGUAACUUGAAGUACUAUUACACGGACUGUCUCGAGAUACAGACGAUCUAUAAUCACUCUAUAGGGU